AUGGGCGUUGCUGGAGCCAUGACCAAUGCAAAAUGCAAGGACGCGUGCCGAGCAGCAGGUUUCAUACUGGCUGGCACCGAGUACGCCGGCGAGUGUUACUGCGACAAUCAAAUAAGGAACAGCGGCAAACCGGCGCCUGAUGGCGAGACUGGAUGCAACAUGGCCUGCAAUGGAAAUGCCACGGAAAUGUGCGGUGGUCCUGACCGUUUGACCUUUUGGAAGUUCUACACGGGCACAGAAACGAGCACGUCAUCGACUGCUGCUUCUGCUACUCCCGAUCCGACUGCUUCACCAUCAGCGUCAGCAUCUACCACUAGCCAAUCUAGUGCAGCACCCGCCCCUACUGGACUUCCCACAGGCUUCGAGUACAAGGGUUGCUAUGUCGAUGGACCCGGAUUCCGUAUCCUCAACAACCAACAGCCCGAUGACCAGAGCAUGACAAUCGCAUCAUGUGCCAGCCGAUGCGCCCAGGCUGGAUAUGAGAUUGCUGCUAUGGAGUAUAGCUACCAGUGCUUCUGUGAUAAUGCGAUCCGCAUGGGAGGCAAACUUGCUGAUAAUGACUCGGAAUGCAACACCAAGUGCGCUGGAAACCAGGACGAAUGGUGCGGAGGCCCCAACAGGAUGAGCAUCUACUCCAGCCAAGACCCCAUCAAGGUUAUUCAACAGCCUAAGCCUAUUGAAAAGGUUGGCGACUGGGUAUAUCAAGGCUGCAUUACCGAUCAAGGCGAUGACAACAGAGUGUUCCCAUGGAAGCUCGUCAACCAGACCGGCAACUCUCCAGAAUGGUGCCUUAGCAAAUGCCAGCAAUUCGGCUACAUGGCAGCGGGAAUGGAGUAUGGCGAGGAAUGCUACUGCGGAGAUCUUGACGGUAUCGAGAGGAGUGGCUCAACGUCUGCCCCAGAGUCUGAUUGCGCCACCUCAUGCCCCGGACAGCCUGAGGCGCUCUGCGGCCAAGGCAACCGUCUGAGCUGGUACAAGUACACCGGCGACCCACUUUACGUAUGGAACUAUCCUCAAGGCAACGGAGCUGGACGUUACGAAUUCCUCGUUGGUGGCCCAAUUAUUCCUUUGAUCUCACAGCCUUCCAUCACCGGCAAGGUGUCCUUCCUGGAGAAAUACGGAACUGGAGAGCCCAACACGACUGGAGCUUACGAAUUCGAUCCUUCCAUCGGAGGCGACAUCUUCCAUGCUUUCCGCGAGCUGACUGGUAUCAAGACGGACAUCUUUUGUGCUGCAGGACUGACUCUGCCGGACCGUGCUGGCCGCCAGAUCAACAUCGGUGGAUGGUCUACCGAUUCGCUCUUCGGAGUACGCAUUUACUGGCCAGACGGAGAACUCGGUGUCAACGGCACAAACAACUGGCAAGAAGAUGUCAACGCUGUGAAGCUGCAGCAAGGUCGCUGGUACCCCACCGGUCUGCUCAUGGCCAAUGGUUCGAUGCUGAUCGUCGGUGGCGAGGACGGCUCCAACGGUCCUGCAGUGCCAAACAUGGAGAUCUUGCCUAAGGCCGGGCCAAUCAAACACGCCCAGUACCUGCAAGACACCGACCCAUUCAACCUGUACCCCUUCCUGGUAGUCUUGCCAUCGGGUGGUAUCUUUAUCCAAUACUACAACGAAGCACGCAUCCUCGACGAGGUCACCCUGGACACAGUCAAGAUUCUGCCAAACGCUCCAGGUGCCGUCAAUGAUGCCAGCGGAGGCCGAACCUACCCACUUGAAGGUACUCAAGUUCUUCUUCCCCAAUACUACCCCUACGAUGCACCUCUCGAGGUCCUCAUCUGUGGUGGCGCAUCUAGGGCGCCCAGGUGGGGUCUUGAUAACUGUGUUAGCAUUGAGCCAGAUGUGGCUAACCCUGAGUGGACGAUUGAGCGUAUGCCAUCUCGUCGUGUCAUGUCUUGCAUGGCAACGCUGCCUGAUGGAACUUACCUCAUCCUCAACGGAGCUGAACUCGGCGAGGCUGGCUUUGGUCUUGCGGACCAAUCCAACUUGAAUGCCAUCUUGUAUGACUCGAGGAAGCCCAAGCACCAGCGCAUGAGCAUCAUGGCCAAUACAACCAUCCCGCGCAUGUACCACUCAGAGGCAGUCGUCAUGGAUGAUGGAAGGGUCCUGGUAUCUGGCUCCGACCCCGAGGACAACAAGCACCCGCAAGAGCACCGAUUGGAGGUUUUCCUGCCACCAUACCUACUCUCCGGAAUCGCGCAGCCGACAUUCGACCUGCCUCAGAACGACUGGAUCUGGGAGACGGACUACUCUUUCACCGUCACGUCUACCCCCGGUGGUGCCAUCAAGGUAUCGCUUAUGGGAGCCGAGUCCAGUACACAUGGUAGCUCCAUGGGUGCACGCAUUCUCUUCCCUAGCGUAUCCUGCUCGGGUAACAGCUGCACCGUCAAGGCGCCCAAGGGUCCAUACAUUGCGCCAUUGGGUUGGUACCGCAUGUUCGUCCUCGCUGGAGACACGCCGUCUCAUGCCAAGUGGGUGCGAAUUGGUGGUGACCCGGCUGGGCUAGGAAACUGGCCUAACUUUGACGCGUUCCAGCCCUUGCCAGGUGUCGGACCAGUGGGUGCGGCUAGCGGAGCAACAAGCAGAUCCAACGCCACUGUUGCUCGCCGCUUCAUCGGUUGA